AUAUUCCAGACAUUCCUGAUGACAUCAAACACCUGCAAAGCCUUCAGGUUGCUGAUUUCAGCUCAAAUCCGAUUCCAAAACUACCUGCAGGAUUUUCUCAACUAAAAAAUUUAACAGUUUUAGGUUUAAAUGAUAUGUCACUUACCACAUUGCCAGUUGAUUUUGGAUGCUUAACACAAUUAGAAUCCUUGGAGUUGCGUGAGAAUUUAUUAAAACAUUUGCCUGAAUCGAUCCGCCAACUCACCAAGCUCAAAAGAUUAGACUUGGGCGACAAUGAAAUAGAAGAACUGCCACCGUACUUGGGCUACUUACCCGGCUUACAUGAGCUCUGGCUAGAUCACAACCAGUUAGAAAGGCUGCCACCUGAAAUUGGAUUACUAACUAACUUAACAUAUCUCGAUGUUUCCGAAAAUCGACUCGAAAAGCUACCAAAUGAAAUCGGUGGCCUGAUAAAUUUAACUGACUUGGAUCUAGCACAAAACUUACUUGAAUCCCUGCCCGAUGGGAUUGCCAAAUUAAGUAGACUGACUAUUUUAAAACUGGAUCAGAAUCGUCUCCAAAAGUUAAAUCCCACUAUAGGAUGUUGUGAAAAUAUGCAAGAGCUGAUAUUGACCGAAAAUUUCUUAUCGGAAUUGCCUGUAUCGAUCGGUCAAAUGACGAAAUUAAGCAAUCUAAAUGUCGAUCGCAACGCGCUGGAAUACCUACCCGCCGAGAUAGGGAAUUGUGCAAAUUUGGGCGUUUUGAGUUUGCGUGAUAACAAACUAAAGAAACUGCCGCCAGAGUUGGGAAAUUGUUCGGUGUUACAUGUGCUGGACGUAUCAGGCAAUCAGCUGCAGUACCUGCCAUACACGUUGGUGAAUUUGCAGCUGAAAGCUGUUUGGUUAUCUGAAAAUCAGGCACAGCCUCUGCUGACGUUCCAGCCAGACACAGAUGAAGCAACAGGUGAACAGGUACUGACAUGCUUCCUACUGCCACAACAAGAAUAUCAACCUAUUACACCAGAUUACCCACCGUGCCAACUCUAUAGAUCGAGCGAAAAAUUCGAUUCUUCGGAAUUCCACGUCUAUCAACAAAAAGCUCGCGAGCUUGAAACUGAUUCGGAUGGCUGGGAAGAGCGAGAAGCCUCAAGAACACAUUCCGUAAAAUUUUCUGAGGAAUCAACGCAGGAGAAGGACACACCGUUUGUCAGGCAAAAUACACCACACCCCAAGGAGCUGAAAGCAAAGGCACACAAACUAUUUGCAAAAGAUCGUAGCAGAGUUGAUGACGCCAACUUAGAUACAGUUUCUGAAGAAACAUCAUCAAAGUUCGCUGUUAGCAACGCCGCAAGAAUCGGUCCUAAUUCCACCAUAGUAGAGGACGUAGCAGAAGCAAAACCCAUCUAUGAUAAUCAUCAGCAGCAGCCUAUCUCACCACAAACCCCAACAGCAGCGGUAUCAUUCGCGCAACAGCCUGUUCUUGCUCAGGCAGCCGGCCAACAGCAAGACCCGAAUGGAAAUUCCGCAACAGCCCACGAACCGAUUGCAAGCGUAGCACCCGAGCAUGGCAAUGCCGCUGUAGUGGUGACUUCAGCGAUUGUAACAGCGGCAACAGCAACGAGUGGCACUGCCGAUGAAGAAGAAGACUUUGAUGAUUCAGAAAGACGUGUUGGCUUUCAAGUAGAGGGGGAGGAUGACGAUUUCUACAAACGUCCAAUGAAGUUGCACAGACGUGAUACUCCACACCACUUGAAAAAUAAACGUGUGCAGCAUAAUCUCACCGACAAAAAAGCGAGUGAAAUUCUCGCUAAUGCUUUAAAUCAAGAAAAGAAAAUAGCACAAUUGCCUACGGUUCAAUCACCAAUACAGGAAAAUGUGGCUGCCGAGCAAAGUGAACAACAAUUGCAACAACAGCAACAACCCUUUGCAGCACCAAUUUCACCCAUUCCUCCACCAACAGUGCCGGCCCCAAUCGCAGCGGGACAAAUACCAGAUGAUGCGGUUGAUGGCCUGACUGAGCUGCGUCUCGAACAGUACGAAAUUCAUAUCGAACGCACCACCGCCGGUCUUGGCUUGAGCAUAGCAGGCGGCAGGGGCUCAACUCCCUUCAAAGGCGACGAUGAGGGAAUUUUCAUAUCACGUGUGACGGAAGGUGGGCCAGCGGAUUUGGCUGGUUUGAAAGUUGGCGAUAAAGUACUAAAAGUGAAUGGUAUUUUUGUGGUCGACGCCGAUCAUUAUCAGGCUGUGCAAGUGCUGAAAGCAUGUGGAGCGGUGUUGGUUUUGCUGGUGGAACGUGAGGUGACCCGCCUCAUAGGGCAUCCAGUGUUUACCGAAGAUGGCUCCGUGUCACAGAUAUCUGUGGAAAAUCGGACGUUGGCGGGGCAACAACAACAGUUCACACAACAACAUGAAAAAUUCAUUCCGGCACCAAUUGAAAUUAUUCCAGAACAGCAACAGCACCAACAAAAGCAAUCUGCUGCAAACUUGAACAGUUAUCAAGCAAAUGUAUUUACAACGCCGUCAGCAAAUGCAGUAAAUUUAUCACAGCAAGAGCAGCAGCAGCUACAACCACAACAUGUUGGGGUGGCAACAACAAAUGGCGUUUUGGAAAAUGGCAAGAUUAAUGGUAAUGACAUGACGAGCGCAUGUCACGAUGCAGCGGUGCAAUGCCUCACUGAACCGCAGCGGUUUGUGCGCUUAGUGUUACAGCGGGAGUACCGAGGACCCUUAGAGGCGCCUUUAAGCCCACGAAGUCCAGCUGUUUUGAAUUCACUUAGUCCCUCGGGAUAUCUCGCAAAUCGCCCAGCCAACUUUAAUCGUUCUAUUGGAGACAUAAUAACAGAGCAAGCUCAAACUAAUUUGCAACAGACAUCUGCACCAGCAUUGGCACAACAACAGCCAGCCCAACAACUUUUUAACUAUAACACCCAACCAUCAUCGUAUGGGAUAAACAAAAAUUUUACAGCAACCAACGUAGCAGCAGAAACAAUACCAACAGCAACUGUUAGUGGUAAUAUUGCCCCGAAAACCAACGGUUUUACGACCGCGGCAACGACUGCGUCGAAUCAACAACUCCCACAACAGCAAAUCGAUAAGAUUACGGGACAACCCGUUCCAGCUCCAAGACGUGCCAACUCUAUUCCUUUGGGAGACGCGGUAGAAGAAACUAUGCCAGCCAACGGUGAUGCCGCGCCACAUUCAACUACACCGACAAAACAGGCAACCACCCCAGCUACAGAUGCUUCUUCAGAAACACAGAUGCCGCCACUCCGUCCGCUGACAAGUGAAGAUUUCCAAGCGAUGAUACCUGCGCAUUUCCUAAGCGGUGGCAGUCAACAUCAGGUUAAUGUGGCGUGUGGCAACGAAGUGGGCGUUGGGCCCUCGGUCACCGUAACGGUGAACAAAGCUGUUCCAGAUCUGCCCAUGUUCCCCGCCGCGCCCACAGAGCUGGGUCGCAUUACUGAAACGAUCACAAAAUCCACAUUUACGGAAACCGUAAUGACGAGAGUCACCGAUAACCAUUUAGCGGAGCCAUUGAUCAGUGAGGAAGUUAUCUUACCCAAGAAUCAAGGAUCGCUUGGCUUCAGUAUUAUUGGUGGUACGGAUCAUUCGUGCGUGCCGUUUGGAUCACAUGAGCCUGGAAUAUUUAUUUCGCAUGUUGUGCCUGAUGGCAUUGCACACAAAUGUGGGCAACUGCGAAUGGGAGACCGGAUUUUGAAGGUGAAUGACGUUGAUAUCUCGCGCGCAACCCACCAAGAGGCUGUAAUGGAGCUCCUGAAGCCUGGUGACGAUAUAAAGCUAACAGUUCAACACGAGCCAUUACCCCCGGGAUUUCAGGAAAUCGUCAUUAUUAAAGCUGAAGGCGAACGGCUGGGAAUGCACAUUAAGGGCGGUCUUAAUGGCCAACGUGGCAAUCCAGUUGAUCCCACCGAUGAGGGCGUUUUUGUGUCAAAAAUUAAUUCAGUCGGUGCAGCAAGGCGUGACGGAAGGCUGAAGGUUGGCAUGCGAUUACUGGAAGUCAAUGGGAAUUCACUGUUGGGAGCCUCGCAUCAGGAUGCCGUGAACAUUCUGCGUAAUGCUGGCAACGAAAUUCAUAUGAUCGUGUGUAAAGGCUACGACAAAUCCAAUUUAAUUCAUUCCAUUGGUGCAGCCGGGGGUAUGAGCACUGGCUUCCACGCGCCAAGCAGUCGGCAUGGUUCCCGUGCUUCUGAAACAGGUUCUGAACUGAGCCAAAGUCAGAGUAUGUCCAGCUUGGAUAGGGACGAAGAUGAGCGCAUACGACAAGAUUUUGAAGUUUUUGCACCGAAAACCGAGACGAAUAACGAACCAUCAGUAUUAGCAUCUGUGGCGGCAUUGGCCCACUCGCCCACCAUUCCGCCGAGUGUAUGCUUUUUGUCGCAGCAGAAUGUAGCUGAAAGCGAUACAUCAAAAAGUGGCGUUCCGCAGUCAUCACAAACUCCUCAAGAUGCGAUUACCACUUUAACCAAUGCCGACAAAACGUUGGCACAACCAAAGGAAAAGAGCACUCCGGAAAAGGUACUUGAAAUCGUGCGUGCCGCUGAUGCAUUCACUUCAGUUCCACCAAAGUCUCCAGCAGAGCAUCAUGAUCAAGAUAAAAUUCAGAAGACCACAACGGUUGUCAUUUCGAAACACACACUCGAUACGAAUCCUGCGACUGUGGGAGCUCCCUCACCGCCACAAGCAACCGGCACUACUACGACGACGACGACCACCACGACAACACCACCAGUUUCACCAGCACUGGUAUCGGCAGCUUCUACAAGUGGCAAAAGAGCGGCCACCGCACCACCUCAGGAUGUUGAACAGCCACAACAGCAACAGAGGCGUAUUCCAACUCCACCCAUACAGAGGGCAAGAACCGUAACGAAACGUCAGGACUCCUCUUAUAAAAACAAAGAGAUCGUAAAAAGUGAGUCAGCUCAGCGUGAGGAUGAGCGCACUCUUUUGUCACUUAAAUUAAAGAAAGCUGAACCUGUCUAUAUAAUUGACGAUGAAGACGAAGGAGAGGGCGAGGGCGAGGGGGGUCAUGGCGAAGAUCAGUUUGAAUAUUCUAAAGAUGAAUAUGAUUAUGACGAUGUAAACGAUACGUUUUCUCCGAAUACCUCAGCUGACCAGGGUGACACAGAUUCGGACUACUUUGAGCGGCCACGACCUUCACCACGUUACACCAGCGAUUCUGAAAAUGACUACCGUCCUUAUCGCCCCAGCCGCGAAGGUUUAGACUACAUUUCCGGUCGUAGUACACCAGACCUGACAAGUUCUACGUACGGUGGGCACCGAAAAUCUGUAAGUUUCGAUCUAAGUGGGGAUGAACGGUCCAAAUCCGACUACGAACGCUCACGUACUCCCGAUGGUUAUUCACGUUAUUACGAUUCGGAACAAGAAUAUGGUAGUUCACGUGUCCGCAUGCCGCGGAAAGGCAUAUUGCGCUCGGCGAGUCCAUCGUCGUCCAACAAUUCGACACUAGAGCGCAGCAGGCGCCCCGAAAAACUGCCUCCGAUAUUGCCCACAGUGGCGCGUAUCAAAGAAAUAGACUCGCCCACACUUCAACACGUUCGCUCGUCUUCUCCUUUAACUGGUGGGGAAUCAAAAAGUAGCGGCUAUCGAAGUCCACCACCGCAGCCUGAAAGAGUGCCGGUGUAUACUGAAAUCGAACGAGAUAAUCCCUUCCGUGAAGCAUUCCUCGAUAAAUCUAAGACUGAUGAGUACACUGAGUUGGCUAAAGCCAUGUCUAAAUCACCUUCAGCUCUUAAAUCUCCACGUGAACAAUUCUUCUUUGGCUCGAAGUCAACAGAAAAUUUGUUGUCAUCCGAGCGUUCACCUUCAAGUGGACGCAGUACUCCUAGUACUGUGGUUAGCGCACAUUCAAAAUCCACUGAGGAUCUUAUAUCAAAUUCAACGGGUGCCAAACCAAAGAGGAUACCACCUCCUAUAAUGCCGAAGCCAAAAACGAAAAAAGCUGAGCUAGUUCAUAAUGUGGCGCUGGAUGCUUUCCAAAAAGCCGAUGUUGGUCACGGCGAUUUUACGGUUUUCGAACAUGAUCCCACCACAAACACAAUUCAUGAAGUGAGAUCGCCACCACCUCCGACAACGCCAACGGUUCCAUUAACACCAACUAGUGGCAACAUAGCAAAGCUUCCAGUGCGUAUAAAAACUCCACGCAGCCCGUCGCGUCCUCGCGAAAGCCCGCCUCCCCCACCCAUCAAUUAUGCUACAAUGCCAAAGCCAACUUCGCCAGGUGUAAAAGUGAAAAGUAGUGAGGAAGCGUUUUACGUAGAGGUCUUACCACCUCUUCAACCACCACCUGAUGACGAAUUACCACCUUCACAGCGCCGCCCCUCGGAGUUCAUACAUGAAAAUUCGCCCGAUCACAUUCUGGUUACUGAAGAAGAGCACCGUACAAUCAUGUUGCAUGAGAAUGAAAUUCGCAAUCAGUUACGUAACGUGGGUAAAAAGUCGCAAAUCCCAGAGUUGGGUGCACCACACGAAGAUGCGCCGCCAGUUCCACAUUAUGCAAGCAUCAAACACUCGCCACCUUCACCGGAUCACAUCAAAACAACAAAAGUGCCUAAAUCGGUUUCCGAUAAAAAGCGGUUCUUUGAAUCGGCUAUGGAAGAUCAACACAAACCAUCACAAAAGACAGAAAAAGUUUUUUCAUUCCUGUCAAAGGAUGAAGUUGAGAAGUUAAAGCAAGAAGAAGAAAAGAAAAUUGCAACGCUUCGUCGUGAUAAGAAAUCGCGAUUAUUGGAUGGCUCCUCCGCGAAUGACAACGAUGAGAAUGAUACUUCCCUCGGCUCUUCUUCUGCCCCCGUUGCUACAACCAUCGCUGGUGAACACCAAAACCUGCAUUCCGAUGAUGAGAAUUAUGAGGUGGAUUACAAUUAUGAGGACGAAAGGCAUCUUAUAGUUCACCAUCGUAACGUACUUCGGGAUACUAUCGCCGAGUGUGACAAUUGUGUUGCGGAUGAAAAGAGGAUCGAAUCACCGUCACCACCAUUAUCUCAGCUUCAGAAACAGCGGUUACGGAUCCGAAAGCAAGAUGCAGAACCGCAAACGCCGACAAGUAAAUACGAAAAAUCGAAAAAGACGAAAGCGAAGGCAAAGGAGAAUGUAGCAAAUCAGGGCAAGUCUCCCACAGACGACAAAUUUCCCAUAGAGCGUAGCGAUGAACGAGUGGUACCUCCUUCAGUACCUCCUCACACAAACCCACCACAACAAAAAGCGUCACAAAUAACUUCCGAAUGGACAAUUCAACAGCCACACUUGGCUACAUUCAAAUCACCGGCACUUGUUAAGUCCUUGACUGAUCCACGUACUAAAAUCACAAGUACAACAAUAGUGCAAGCACCCAAAACUAAAGUAGAAUCUGCACUUACAUCACCAACAUCAACAACGGCACCAGACCCCGCACCAUGUACCGUAGCUCAGAAACUAAGAAGCACUGUAGCGCAAUUUAUGGACGCUGAACGUCAGCAGCACAUAGAGGUCACCAGCGAUUUCAAUGAUGCUGAAGAUACGGCGAGUAGCAUUGAGAGUGUGAUUUCUACUGCACCAACGUUGCGUACGUCCAAGGAGACCAAGGAGAAACCGUCGCUUCUACCGAAGCCAAGAGUUAAAGUUGUUAUACCACCUGCAUUGCUACUGCACCAGCAACAGCAACAGCAAUGCCAACAACAACCGCAGCAAGAAGAACAACACGAAUUAUCACUAUCUACACCUUCCAGUCGCAUUCCUGUUCGCACGGCAAAUGCUGAAAGGCGAGUACUGAAGGCAGCUGCUGCGGCGGAGGGAAUAGCGGCUCAAGUUGGGGUUGUCGGUGUUGAAAAUGUUGUUAUUGCUAUGGGGGAUCGCUCACCUAAUGUAAUUCAACGCGAGCAGUCUCCAACAAAUAUGACGCAGAGCAAAGCAGUGAUUAAUGCUGAGAAACGAGCGUCCUGGCGUGCUGCUCGCUUGCGCUCCCUGGAACAAGGUGCCCAGGAGGCUCAAGACGUCAUCAAAAAUAUGAACAAAAUUGCUGAUGAUCUACUUGUUGCACCUGUUGAGCAGGUUAAAAAAAUUGUUUUCCCAAAAAUCGCUAUAAAAUCAAGCGAUGGUCCCGUUAUAAUACGCGAACGUGAAAAGAUACUAGAUGAAAAAAUUGUGCGGCGAACCGAAGAGGUACCAUGUCCUCUCACAGGACGACCUCAACUGCGAACUGUUGAAUACAUUGAGAAAAUCAUCGAAACUGAGGUGGAAACUUGCCAGGAGAAGAUAAUCUCAUUAGAGUUGCAAGAUCCAGAAAGUGACGAUGACGAUGGAAGCGAUAGCAGAAAUGUUAAAAGCAGCAGUCCGCUUACAUCAUCAACUUACGGAGCAAGUGCCAAAGACGCAAAAACAGUGGCGGCAGCAGCAACACAAGCAAUUGUUGUAGUUGCCGAUGAGACGUUAGAGGAUGAAGAGCCACCAGAGCUGUUAAGGGAAACAAUGUUGCUGGACACGGUCGACGAGUAUGACGACGAUAAAGACGGUGACAAGGUAGAUAAAGCAAAUGAUGAUAAUGGUGAUGAUGACGAUUACGACGAAGAGGAAGAUGCCGCCUCCAUAGUGACCGUUCAUGCAAAUAAUGAAAAACUAUUUCUACGCACCGAUGACGAAUUCGCAACUUUUGAUGAUUUCGACGGCUCUGGCAAGUUCAGUACCGCAUCCAUUGAUAGCAUGGCGUCUGCAUCGAAGUUGCGAAUACAGCCUAUGCCAAUAAAAAUACAUCAGACAUUGGCUAAGGAAGUUGUUGUAACAGCCCCGAUGAUCCCGGCAGAUAGAACUCUCACAUCGACACAUUCUUCAUCUCCAACAAAGAGUGAAACCACAACACACACUAUUGUGGAGGUGGUAAAUCCGCUGAUAACCGGAGAAGGACAGGUACAAAGCAUUGUGGUGGGUAAGACAAUCGAAUACGAAUAUCCAAUUUUCGACAACGAAACGCAGGCAAGACUGCGGCCAAAGGGAGUUGAGAUUCAGCAAGCGGCUUGCAUUGAAGAUGAACACGAUAAUGACUCUGAGACUGAACAAUUGGCUGCUGCUUCAGCGGGAGUGCUCCGUAGUGAUACGUUUGUUUUACCUACACAGGAAAAACAAAAAAAUUUACAGUUGCUACACCAGCCGCCACAGGAACUUUCACUGAAUGCGAAAAUGAAAAACGUGUUGGUGGAGCUAUUAGAGAAUGAACGUGUUAAAUUGAAUUUACAGAAAAGUCUUGAAGAAGAUGAUGAUGAGCAGCAAGAGAUGGCCUACGGCGAUUCUGAUGAGGAUGAAGACGACGAGGUCGAUUAUGCGGUAGCGCGUGGUACAGUGAUCAGAGGCGGUACGCGUUUGGCACCAAGAGGCGUGGGUGAUAAUAAUGGAAAUGAGCGCCUACUGGAGGAACUAAUAAAAGACAGUAAUAGGAACACAAUUGAAAAAUUGGCUGGAGGCUUAGACGACGAUGAAAGCGAUGCGGAUGAGGAUGAUGAUGACGAGGAGGAGGAAGAAGAUUCCUUAGAUUCGAGUGAUUCGGAUGACGAUGCUGAAGCAGAAGAUGAUGAAGAGGCUGUAAAUGUAACACUGGUCGACGGGUGUCAAGUUAUUGAAAAUCGCAACACGGAAGCCCCGCUGAAAUUGCAAAAAUCUCAAACUUAUACUACCAUUAAGGAGGCAGAGAAUGUGUUAGAUAAAUCUACUACCGAGGCCACUGCCGAACUAAAAUAUGUAGACAAGGACAUCGAGCAUACGGUCGAAAAACUGCAAGCAGAACAACGCAAGCUUGAAGAGAUCACAAAACAACUGCGCAAAUCUGUUGAGAAUCUUCUGGCCGAUGACGACGCAAUGGCAGGAGCAGUAUGCCUGAAAAACGAAGAGGGAUGUGGUGCAUCCACCGAAAGUCCCAAACAGGGUAUUUCACGCACUGUAGAGACGAAGACUGUCAUAGAUGAAGAUGGCGGCAAGAAAACUAUUGUUGUUGAAACCAUACACAAGGCCGAUAGCAAACCGAAGUGUUCUGAGCAGUCCCAAGAAGAGUCUGGCGAGGCACUUUUUAAUAAACUUCUUCAUGCCGGCGGCGAUCUUAAGCAAAUAUUCGAUCAACAAACAGGCGAGAGUGUUAUAACAACCACUACCACCGAUCCCGACGGGACUGUCACCACCACAACGACUACAAUUUCGAAUGUGAUAAAAAGUGGCAUUCCGCGAGCAGUGGUAUUGAAAUCAGAAGCGAGUAAAACUCAAGGGACUACGGAUGCGGGGGCAGUUGGCCAUGACAGAGGUGGCCAAUUGCCAUUUGAAACUACGGUAACAACUACAAUGUCCAGCUCAGUAGAAACUGCUGGCAGUAGUAAACAGAGCAAACAACCAAGUAAACAAAAGCGUAAAGGAAAACAGGCAACAAGUAAAUAGACGUAAAAUGAACGAAAACAUUGCUCUCGACACGUAGACGAAAACGCAGCAGCCUUUCACAAAGCACAAAUCGUGCUCACUUACAUAUAUAAAAGUAUACAUAGUUCGUGUAUGUAUGUGCAUACAAAUAUGUAUGUAUGUAUUAAGGUAAUGGCAUGGAAACAAAAUGAUAAAAAGAGACAGACUUAGAAAUAGAGCCAUCCGUUUCGGGGAUUAAAAGUGGUACCAAUGGAAAGCUGGAGUACUCCAAUUUUCAAAUAUACAUACCUACUUUUAGGUGCGGAAGCGUUCUAGUUUUAAAGAUAUUUAGUCUUAAUGUUUUUUACUUGCUUAGUAAAGAACACAAUUUAUUCGUCAAAUCACUUUAAUUGUUUUUGUUUUGUUUUCCAUAGAGAAUCACUUAUAUUUUAUUUAUCCAAUAUUCUUUUAAUUUAACUAUUAUCCUAAAUGGUGGCACGCACAUUGAAGUAAAAAGAAUGUGUUACCAGAUUUUAAAAGCAAACACAAAACAUAAAUGUUAGAGGCGAAUUUCAAUGUAAAAAAAAUACAUUUGCUUUUUAUUUUCUUCGUUUUAUUCGCCGGGAGUUUAACAAUUAUGAGGGACUGGUUUCAUGCCUCCUAAAAGAAAAUGUUUUUACUGGUGUUUUUGGGGAGACCCUGGGCCAGCGUAGCCAAAGUUAUGAGGGUUAUUUUUUUGGAGCGUGUCCGAAAGAAGUUCCGCGCGAACACACUAAUGCUAGUGUAACCGGAUGGUAUAAAUUAUGAAAAUUUCCUAAAAAGGUAAAACAUACAGCUCUUUCGGAAAAAGCGUUAAUACUAAGUAUCGUAUCGUAAAAACGGAUCCGGCAUAUAAAAGUGAGUAUUUCUAAAAAGGAGGCCUCCAGCAUUCCAAUGGUACCAAUUUUAUCCCUCAAAUCGGGGGUAUUUAAAUGAAAGUUUGCCCAACAAAAGAACCGAUAUUUAAUAAUUCCGAAGGCAGAAUAAGUAUAAAUUAUAUCGAUGUGUACGCCAAUUAUGUAAGUGACCUAAUGGGGUGGUAAGUACAAAUACAAAACUCAAAAAGUGCAAUGAGGUCUGAAUAUCUAAUGAUUGAUGAAGCGAUCUCCGUAAAGUGGAUAUAUUUUUUUUUGGAUUCACUAUUAUUAAUAAUAGUCUAAAUUUUUGUAGCAAGAAAAACUUUGAAAAUGUUCUUGUUCAACAAUGCGUUACACAAACAUAUCGAUAUUCAUAUUGAAAUGCAUGUUCAUAUAUAUGUACUACAUACAUUUGCCCUGAAUGUAGUCGCCGAUAAUUUAUGCAGUUUUAUUUACUUUUACUUUUCCAUAAAACAGAUAAUAAUGUUUUUAUUAACAAACAACCACUUGCAUUUAUCAUUUGUAACUAAUAUAGAGGUCAUCAAGUAAUUGUUUUUGUGUCAUUAUGCAUUUAGGUAACGAUACCCAACCGACAUUACAUGUAAAAAUACAUAUAAUUCUCAAAAUCGUCAUGAUUCUUUAAGUUGGUUUAUUUUUUAAAGCAAAG